AUGGAAUCAACUGUCUAUAAAGAAUUGAGUCUUUUGCAAGUAGAAACACUUGUACCAUCACUUGUAGCCAUGUUAUUGUGUGUUGCACUAGCAGCAUCAAACCAUCCUCAUGGUAUUCCCGUGAUCAUGAACCACUAUUUAAGCCAAUUAGAUAGUCUGGAACAGAAAAUUCAAUGGAUUGAAUAUACUCGAAAUGGGAUUUUUAAAAGCAUUGUGCUUUGUGGUGGUCCGAGAGUGAUCAAUGCCGAGAUCAUAAUGUACGAUAGCCUCCCAGCCGAAUAUAAGCCAUUAUUAAGAACAUUUGCUCUAAGCCAAAACGCAAGUGAAUUGGACACACGAGGCAUGAAUUUCUUUCACCAAGUUUAUGGUACUAAUUCUCAAGAUAAGCAACAACUGAUUGAGACAUCAAGUUCAGAUGUAUGGUAUUUUGUAAAAUAUGUCUAUAGCUCCAUUGUCUCUGACAUGACUUGGCUGAAUCCUGUCGAAACAGAAUUGGAAGUCAUCGUCAGCUUGAUUCAAAUGGAUACAUUGCAGCAGCUUCAAGAUCAUAGAUUGGGCGCAAAAAGGGUGGGUGCCACAGAAGAACAAAUCAAAGCAGCAGAAUACAUUGGUUAUCAAGUAAAACAAAAAGUACACAGUUUAAAAUAA